AAAUGCUGGUCUACUGAUCCGGACAGACGCCCAACACUGGAUCAUAUAUUAAAGGAACUUGAGAAGUUAUUAGUUGAACCAACCAUUGAAUUCAUCACGAAUAACACAAAUCAAAUAAUUACACAGUCCGAAUUAUAUCCUAGCGAAGACGAUUAUUUAAAUGAAUUUGAAUAUGAUCGCUGUAUUGAAUGUGAAAAUACAAUCGACAGUCUUAUUCUCAACGAUAUACCAUUAAAUGAACUUUCCUUUCGUAUUAAGAAAUCAUUGCCUCAAAGUCUUGAUGGUUUCACAUCAAUUUCUACAGAACAGCAUAAGAUAAUAAAGCCUAUCGAAUUGACAAAUGGAAAUUUGGUAAUAGAAUGUCCCGUGCAUUCAAGCUUAUCAGCAAAUGAUACUCACGAAGGUUCAAAAGAAUUUACACAUAUGAGAUAUACUGCCUGCACAAGCAAGCCAGACACUUUCAAGCAAGAAAAUUUUACUCUCCGUCAAUCUGAAUGUAUACCAAAGAGACAGACCGAACUAUUUAUCUUAAUAACUAUAAACGAUGAAAACGAAAUUCUACUAUCUAGCACUCUUCACGGAAUUAUAGAAAAUAUUACUUACUUUUGCUUUCUAACAGAGUCCCCGACAUGGGACAAAGACGGAUGGGAAAAGGUCGUCAUAUGUAUAAUUUCAGAUCGUAAUAAGAUUAAUAAACGGACUUUAUCCUAUUUAAAGGCUCUUGGCGUCUAUCAGGAUGGCAUUGCAAGAUCAAAAGUGAAUAAUAAAACUGUCAGGGCUCAUAUAUAUGAAUAUACAACUCAGAUGUCAAUUAAAUGCUCUAAGAAUUUCGUAGAUAAGAAAAGAAUUAUUUCAGCUCAAAUGCUCUUUUGUCUUAAAGAAAAGAACAAAGGAAAAAUUGGUUCCCAUAAGUGGUUUUUUAAUGCCUUUUGUCCAAUCCUUAGCCCAAAAAUAUUUGUUCUGAUUAAAGUUGGUGGUGUCAAACCAGUCGAUGAAUCUAUUUAUCAUUUGUGGAAAGUAUUUUCAAAUGAUCAAGUUGCGGGUACUUGUGGCAAAUUAUUAGUUAACAAUAGAGGCUGGACCAAAUUGUUAAAUCCAAUCGCUGGUGCCCUGGUUUUUGAGAAUAAAAUAUCUAAUAUUAUUAACAAACCAUUCGAAUCAAUCUUUGGCUACAUUUCCUCUUUAUCUAAGGACUUCUCUGCAUAUCGAUAUUCUGCUUUUCAGAAUAUUACAAACGAUACUGAAGAUGCAUCCAAUAAUAACAUACUUGCUAAGAAUGAUUAUCUUGCUAAUAACAAUGCCAUUUGUUUUGAAUUGAUUUCUAAGCAUAAAUUUUCUUGGAUAUUGCAAUAUGAAAAUUCAUCCCAAGCUGAAGUAGAUGUACCUAACAAUUUUGCUUGA